AUGGAGAAGAACCUGCUGCUGCUGUUCGAUCGGCCUCACGAGCCCGUGUACGUGCCCAAGGGCGAGAGGAAGGUUCAGUUCGACGUACCGCCGAACUACUUGCCUGACAAAUAUCAGAACAUGGCCGAGAGGAUCCUGAACCGUUUCGGCAACGAGUCCCUCUCCUCGAUUCCCAUCAAGCAAAUCGCCAUUCCUGAUUUGAGCCUGCCCUUAUCGCUCAGCCGUCGCGAUAACUUCUCGCUGUUCCUCCCCUCGCACCGAAAAAUGGCCGGUCAUCUCAUCACCCUCUUCAUGGGUAUGCGAACGAUAGAGGACCUCCUAUCUCUCGCUGCGUACUGCCGUGACCGCGUGAACGCCCAGAUGUUCGUCUACUCCCUCUCGGUGGCCAUACUUCAUCGUCCGGACACUAAGCAUCUUCCAGUUCCCCAACUCACCGAGGUCUUCCCCGAUAAGUACAUGGACAGCUCGGUCUUCCAUCGAGCCAAGGAGGAAGCCAACGUCGUGCCCCCCGGCUCACGCAAUGCCAUCGAGAUCCCCUUGGACUGGACGGCAACGGACGCGGACCCGGAGCACAGGGUGGCCUAUUGGCGCGAGGACGUCGGCAUCAAUCUCCAUCACUGGCACUGGCAUCUCGUCUACCCGUUCGAAGGUCCCCCCGUGGCCGUUCAGAAGGACAGACGCGGCGAGCUCUUUUACUACAUGCAUCAUGCAAUUAUGGCCAGAUACAACAUCGAGCGGCUCUGCAACAACCUCCCCCGAGCUCGCCGGCUGAUGAAUCUUCGCGAGCCCAUCCCCGAGGCCUACUUUCCAAAGCUCGACUCGAUGGUGGCCGGCAGAGCUUGGCCCGCCAGACCCGCGGGCUUCGUUCUCUCCGACGUCAACCGAGCCGCCGACGCGAUGAGGUUCGACUUGUCCGACAUCGAGCGCUACAGGGACAGGAUAAUGGAGGCGGUGCACACGAGGCAGGUGCGCAACGGUAAGGGUGGCGUCAUCCAGCUCGACGAAGUCACGGGCAUCGAUAUUCUGGGAAACAUGAUGGAAGCCAGCAUUCUUAGUCCCGACCCAGCGUACUACGGCGACGUACACAACAUGGGACACGUUGCUAUAUCCUUCGCUCACGAUCCUGAUCAUCGUUACCUGGAGCCAUUCACCAUCAUGGGCGACGCGACGACGGCGAUGAGAGACCCGGUUUUCUACAGAUGGCACGCCUACGUGGACCACGUCUUUCAAGUCUUCAAGGACAGCCUGCCACCCUAUACCGUGGAACAGCUCGUGUUCCCGGGUAUCAACGUCACGGACAUCCGUAUCAACACGCCUGGUGCCAACCCCAACACCCUCAACACCCACUGGUCCAAGAGCGACGUGGAUCUGUCUCGUGGUCUGGACUUCACCCCCAGAGGAUCCAUCAUGGCUCGACUGACGCAUCUCAAUCACGACGAUUUCUCCUACAACAUCACUGUGAACAAUAGCAAUAACAAGGAGCUUAUCGGCACCGUGAGGAUCUUCAUCGCGCCGAGGUUCGACGAGACUGGAAGACAGUUUACCUUCCACGAUCAGAGGAUGCUCAUGAUCGAGAUGGACAAGUUUACGACUCAGCUUAAAAGAGGGCAGAACGUGAUCUCGAGAGAGUCGGUCGAUUCAGCGCUGACCAUUCCGUUCGAGGCGACAUUCCGCAACGUCGACCUGAACCGGCCGAGCGAUCAGGACAUAGCCGCGUAUGACGCGUUCAACUUCUGCGGAUGUGGCUGGCCCCAACACAUGCUCGUACCCAAGGGCACCAAAAGUGGCUACCCCAUGGACAUGUUCGUCAUGAUCACCAACUACGAGCUGGACAGAGUGAACCAGAGAGAUCCGACGGGCUGUCGCGAGGGUGUAAGCUUCUGCGGGCUGCGGGACCUGAAAUAUCCGGAUCUGCGUCCCAUGAACUUCCCAUUCGAUCGACUGGGACGAACAGGUGUCGGCUCGUUGAAUGAUUUCCUAACGCCCAACAUGAAGGUGCAACCGAUCACUGUCAGAUUCUCCGAUAUCGUCAAGCCUCGACAGCCGAGUCGAGGUCAAACGGUCAUCAGGCUUUGAGACGACGGAAUUUGAAAUUCCGGUGACUUGGGGAAGAGCAAGAAUUACGGAGCCUGUAAACGUUAAAGAUUUAUACUUUUAAUCAGCAUUUACUGCAAUAUUGUACUCGGCAUAAAUAUUUUUAAAUAUCUAUUACAUACAAAUAAAGCAAGCUUAUCAUUA